CAACCACCAUUACAUCCAGUUGGCGUCAGCGACAUGGAAUGCAGUUCCGGGGCCCUAUCUGCGGGGACCAGUCUGGACCACGUUCCAUGAUUGCAACACCGUAACACGGGGGGCUUACUCGACAUGCAAGUUCCAACAACACCCCACCCGCCACCAACCAUGCUGCGUCCCACCCCAUCGUGCUUCGGAAGCAAGGAACCCUCCAUAACCCUCCAUCCCGUCUAAUAUGUAUGUUUCCUGCCGUCUUAUCGCAGCCAAUACCGACCCCAGUACGCCCUGGCACACUGGCCUGUCUUCCAAACCUCUGACUUCAAUGUAUUAGUCUCACUCUCUAUGUUAGGGAUUGCGUGGGCUUUAAGGUUCAUCGUUCCUCUUCGCACUAGAAUCUGCUAUUUCUAGCCUUGCCCCCUCUCAUCAAUGACCGCCAUCAUUCGAUAACAAAGUCAUCGCACUGGGCGCCAUACAGGCAUACAGUCAAACAUUAAGCCUGACGAAAUAUCAUGGGCGUCUCAACAGCCCCGGCGACCAUCAAGAUCGAUGAGGACUCGCUUCAGCGCGUCCACUCCGAGCCGGCCGGCCAGUCAACCGGCGUCGCAUUCCCAGAUGGCGGGACAGCAGGUGGAAUCUACCACACCAGGAGUAUCACGGGCGUGUCGUUUGACAGACGCACCGGCCGUCUCUCUCGCGAGCCUGACGCGUCGGGGACCGCCCACGCGGGCCCAGAUGUCGAAGAAGGAGAGGAUUGGCGUGACGAGGACGUGAAGAAGAAGCAGGUCUUCCGGGGUGCAACGCUGUUGCUAUUGGCUUAUCAGUCCAUUGGCGUGAUCUACGGGGAUAUUGGUACAAGCCCGCUCUACGUCUACUCGUCGACUUUCUUGGCACCGCCGUCGUACGACGAGCUUGUCCAAGUCUUGUCCGUUAUCAUCUGGUCCAUCACGAUUAUGGUCACCUUGAAAUACGUCUUCAUCAUCCUCCAUGCCGACAAUGAGGGCGAGGGUGGCACGUUUAGCUGCUAUUCCCUACUUACAAGAUUUGCAUACAUUGCUCAUCGCGGUCCUCGCGAAGAAGUCACGAUCCGGAUGGAGCGCUACCUAUCGUCGGAUCUCCGGCGCACCAACCGUAGCUUGCGGGCCGGGAUCGAGAAGAGCAAGAUCACGCACGUGGUGCUCAAGACCAUCGGCGUGCUUGCGGUGUCCAUGGUCCUGGCCGACGGCGUGCUCACACCGGCGCAGUCCGUCCUCGGCGCAGUCCAGGGGCUGAAGGUUGUGAGGCCGGAUAUCAGCACGUCGACUGUGGUGGGGACAUCGUGCGGCAUCCUGAUUGUGCUGUUCACGAUCCAGCCGCUGGGGACGACCAGGAUCGCAUUUCUGUUCGCGCCCAUCGUCAUCAUCUGGCUCGGCUUCAACUGCGGCUUCGGAAUCUACAAUCUCGUGCACUACGACUCGAGCGUGCUCAAGGCCUUCAGUCCGUACUUCGCCAUCCAGUUCUUCGUCCAGCACAAGACGGCCGGGUGGCGCAUGCUCGGAGGCAUCCUGCUCGCCUUCACCGGCGUCGAGGCCCUCUUUGCCGACCUCGGGGCCUUCAGCGCGCGGGCCAUCCAGCUGAGCUGGACAUGCUACACCUACCCCUGUCUCCUGCUCGCAUACAUCGGGCAGGCCGCAUUCAUCAGCGUCCACCCGGACGCGGUGUCGAACCCGUUCUUCCACUCAGCACCACCGGGGAUGCUCUACCCAGCGCUGGUCGCCGCAGUCCUUGCCGCCAUCGUGGCCAGCCAGGCCAUGAUCACGGCGACCUUCCAGCUGAUCAGCCAGCUCAUGAAGCUGUCGUACUGCCCGCAGGUGAGAGUCGUGCACACGUCGCGCAUCUUCCACGGGCAGCUGUACGUGCCCUUCUUCAACUGGCUGCUCAUGGCCGGCGCCAUCCUCGUGACGGCCGUCUACAGCGACACGACGCGGCUCGGCAACGCCUACGGCGUGUGCGUCAUGUUCGUCACCUUCUUCGACACGUGCAUGGUCACGCUGGUGUCGCUGAUCGUGUGGAAGCUUCCCCCUUGGCUCGUCGCCCUCCCCUGGCUCUUCUUCGCCCUCGUCGACGGCCUCUACCUCUCCUCGGCGCUCAACAAGGUUCCCGACGGCGCCUGGUUCACCCUGACGCUGUCGGCCAUCCUCGCCGGGCUCUUCCUCCUCUGGCGCUUCGGCAAGGAGAACCAGUGGCGCGCCGAGGCCGAGGACCGCUUCAAGCCGCACCAGCUCCUCGUCGUCCGCGAGGAUUACGACGGCGGCGGCGGCGGCCAGCUACUGCGCCUGACGGAUCGCUGGGGCGGAGACUCGCUCAGCGUCAUUCGCGGUAUGGGUAUCUUCUUCGACAAGUUUGGCGUGCUGACCCCGGCCGUGUUUACGCAUUUUGUGAGUAAGUUUGUUGCGGUACCCGAGGUGGCUGUUUUCUUCCAUCUGCAUCCCGUGGAGGUGCCCACCGUCCCCGCCGAGGAGAGGUACCACAUUUCCAGGUUUGGGGCGGUGCCCGGGUGCUAUAGGCUCGUGAUCAGGCACGGCUUCAUGGACGAGGUCAUCAGCCCGGACCUGGCGGCGCUGGUGUACGAGCAGGUCAGGAAGGCUAUUGUUUCGCGACAGGCCGCCGAUCUGCUGGCUGCUACGACUGAAAAGGGGGUUGAGAGGGACGAGGAGAAGGCGGAUAGCAGCAACCAGGAGGGUGGCGGUUCCGAUCCGGAUGAGACUACGACCACCACCCCCACCACCACCACCACCAAGGUCCCCGCCGCCGAGGAGGCAUGUACCACGACUAGUAGUGGUGGGAACAACGCCGGGAAUGCGGCAACCCUCCCGCCAGAGCUGCGCGACGAGGAGCUCGCGGCGGAACUAGCCCGCUUGGACCGGGCGUAUGCGGCCAAGAUCAUGUACAUUGUCGGCAAGGAGCAGAUGCGGGUGAAGGAGACGUCUUCGCUUGGGCGGAGGCUGCUGCUACAGGUCUUCCUGUGGAUCAGGGAUAACACGCGGGCGAAGAUUGCGAAUCUGAGGUUGGCGAUGGAUCGUGUGGUGGAGGUUGGGUUUGUUAAAGAUAUAUGACACCGGUUGCGGGUGGUUGAGUUUAGAGGGGGAGAGUUGUUCGGUGAUGUCGGUAGGAUGGGACAUAUUUGGGUCUGGUAGUUGGAUUGCUAUAGUUAUUAGGCUUAAUGAUACUAGAGUCCU